AUGAUGCCGGGCGUGCGUCCCGGCGUCAUCGCAUACUCAAGCGAUAUUUUGUUCGGCGGAUGUACACAUUUGAAUGCUGAUAAUAUUUUCACUGCUCUUAUUCUGCUGAUUUUAUGUAUUUGUAUCCAGGCUUGUGACAGAGACCAACAAUGCGGAGGAGGCAUGUGCUGUGCUGUCACUCUGUGGCUUAGGAGUCUACGAAUAUGCACACCAAUGGGCAAUGAAGGGGACGAAUGCCAUCCUCUGAGUCACAAAGUACCAUACUUUGGAAAACGAAUGCAUCACACGUGCCCUUGUUUGCCAAAUCUUAUUUGUGUGAGGUUUGCAGAUGGUCAACACCAAUGCUUGUCACAGUUCAAAAUUGAAGAUGUCUUCAAUUCUUUUUAG